UUCAAGGUUUUGUUUUUAAACGAUUCUUGUCCUCUCGUUUCUUCUUUAAGUAGGCGUCGUGCUGUACGGUAUAUUAUAAAUCGUUAAAGCCAGUCUCAGUUCGAGAUAUUAAACCGUGAAAGUCUUGUUUCGGGAAAAAACGAAGCGAGCUUUGAGAGAUUAAGAGAUUUCAAGGAGUUUUUAAACGAUUCUUGUCCUCCUGCCUUCCGUUUGUUAAACACGCAGUUAUCGAGACGAGUGAUAAUUUGUAUCCAUGACGACACGUCACGUUCGUACGCCUGGUUCGGCACAGCUGACGAUGUACAUCGUGGUCGUGUGCUACCUCACCCCGUGGGUAUCGCACCCCGGAGUAUCCGGAGUGAAAAACAUCACCUAUGGGGUAGCGAGACACCUUAGAUCUAUUGGAUUUCCCGAGGGCAGCGGCACAGGGAUAUUCUUCGCCCUUGGAGUUCCCGUUGACAUUCCCGACAAAUCGGUGCUAUUUUCUCUGUAUUUCGAAGCGAAUUACCUUCUCCCAGGGGAAUGGAGCUCCAAUUAUUACUGGGACGAGCCGAAUCUCAAAAAACGAAGUCUGGAUCGACGGCUGGCUUAUGAUAUUCUUAUUAGCAAAUUGGAAAGUUUCGGUUAUUCCGGGGAAAAUUGUCUGCAAAAAAUGAUCUGCGAAGUUGCCAACUUUCCUCUAAUUAAUAACGGUGUGCUCGGCGAUGUCCUGCAAAUUUUAUUUACACCAUCCUCUUCGCAAGAUGAAAAUCUUCCGAGCGGGAUCACCGAGGCUGAGUACGCGAAAGAUUGCAAUAACCGCUAUAAAAAAUGCCCUCAAAGUCCAUUAGCCUUGAUAAGGUAUCAUGAUCUCAACGAUAAUAGCUAAAAAAGCCACGGUUAUUAAACGCAAUCUUCAUAAUUCGUGGCACUACAGUUCGUGGCCUGUCGUCCGAUAAUGAGUCUCGUAAAAAAAACAAGAUGCUUACAUCUCUAAGAUAAAUAAUAAUUUAUCAACAUCGAACGAUACAUACCAUUUUUUUUUUUUGUACAACAAUAUUGUAAUAUUUAUUAAAUCGAAAAUACAUGCGUCUCUUUCCUCUCAUUACGUAUUCGCAUGAUUCGUUUUUCAUUUUAAGGAACAUUUCUUUAAUAAUUUUGUUAAUAAAAGUUUCAACCGAGUAUUCGCGAGUACGAAGGCUGUUCAUUAAAAAAAAAAAAAAAAGAA